AUGUCAUCGCCCACACAGCUCCGCGCCCUCUACCGCGCGCUCCUCCGCGAGCUCCCCAUCAAAACGCAAACCACCCACACCACGCACCAGAAAUUGUCCGCCGCGUCGCCGCUGCAGAAGAGGCUGCGCGCGCAAAUCGCCGCCACCGCACCCACCGCAUCGAGUACGCCCCACGACACGCAGAGACUGGAGAGUCAGACAGCGCAGGCAGCGCAGUUCCUGCAGUAUCUGCACGCGCAGCGCACCUAUGCGACGCUGAUUGAGCGGUACAAUCCCGGCAUGGGGAUGAGUGAGGAGGAGCGCGUGCGGUUGAGUGCGAGGCGGAUUGGGAUGAAUCUGCCUGUUGAGUUUGGGGAGGGGGAGUGA